GGAGAAGGCUGACGAGUAACGGCAGGCGUGCGCUGACAUGACGCAGGUCGUCGUGGUUCUGUCAGCAAUUCCUAGGUUAUCUCACCAUUUGCGCUCGCGUCUGCCGAAUCUGCGCAUCUCGGACGUUCCGCCAGGGCAAGCAGAUACCUUAGAUAAGCUCAAUGGCGCAGAGAUAUUGGUGGCCGACUGCGACUUAUUGAUACCUUACGCGCACAACUUGACAUCAUUCAAGUGGAUACAGGCGACAUGGGCCGGUUUGGACAAGUUCAUUCCACAUAUACAGAACGCACCAAGGGAUUACGUGCUGACUCGCUUCUCGAACGAAUCAUUCGGCCUGGCGAUGUCCGAAUACGUGAUAGCGCAUAUCGUCAACUUCGAGCGUGACCAAAGGCAACAGUAUGAGAAUCAGAGACGUGGCUUGUGGAAGCAGGAGGGCAAGAUUAUGAAACAUAGACUCAUAUGUGAUCUGACCAUAGGCAUUUUGGGCUUAGGAACAAUAGGAAAGUCCAUCGCACAGAGAUUGAAGCUAUUCGGUGCAACCGUCUGGGGAACGACGCGCACUGCUCCGAAGGAGAAGCUACCAUACCUCGAUGAGCACAAAACUGUAAGUGAUUUACUUAAUGUGUUGGGAAACUGCGACUACGUCAUCAACGUCCUGCCGUCGACUCGAGACACAGUGGGUCUCUUGAAUGGAGACACCUUGCAACACUGUAGAGCUAAGGGUACCGUGUUCAUCAACAUAGGACGUGGCUCCGUCAUCGGAGAAUUGGAUUUAAUAAAUGCUCUCGAACAGAAGUGGAUCUUGGGUGCCAUUUUGGACGUGUUCGAGGAAGAACCAUUGCCAAAGCAGAGCAAGCUGUGGAACUACCCACAAGUGACUAUCUCGCCGCACAAUUCUGGCGUGACUCGUGCACAAGACGUAGCCAAGCUGUUCGCUGAAAAUUAUGUUAGAUACGUCAAAGGGGAGAAUAUGAUUAAUAAGUUUGAUUUUGAAAGAGGUUAUUAAUUUUAUAAAAAGUUACAUAAUGUUACACUAUAUACUAUAAUUUUAUAAAAAGUUAUAUAAUGGUAUACUAUAUACAUAAAGUUUACAUAGGAGUCGGAAAUUAUAUUCAGUACAAAUAAAAAUUAUUUGGUACAUUCACAUAUUUUAAACAAAAAACUGGACAUCCCAGUUAUUUUCCAGUUGAUGUUUUUGUUACCAGAAGCUAAAUUCUAACUUUAUGUUUAUUUAUCUGCAUUAUGAUUUUCUCAGAAAAAAUUAAAUCAUUAAAUAGUAUCAUUAAAUGUUUCUUUAACGAGAAAUUUAUAAACAUAAAAUUUAUAACGUAACUUACACAGGUCAGUUAUGAUAAUAAAGUGACAUUAAAUAAA